UCCAAAGAAAAAAAGGAAAAGGGGAAAACCCCCCACCCUUGUCUGUAAAAAAAAAUAAUUCUUUUUUUUUUCGAACUAUAUAGAUGAACGUCAACAUUCUUUGCCGUCGUUUUGCGCUUGGUAGUCAACAAGUACGUCGCAUUUCAACCGAGUACGUACCUGGCCGUAAGGGAUAUGCUCCUGGAUUCCAAGCACCUGAGGGAAGCCGUGAGAGUAUUAAAGUUGUUCACAAGCGUCGCGAGAUUGGCAGUUCACUGACGUCGCAUCUGCCUGGUAGCGGUCAUAGCCAAAAUGUGACUGAGAAGGGUGCGAUGAGUGCACAAAAGUUAUACCGUCAAGAACUCAAGGAGACCCGACACAAGUAUGCACGCGAGUUAUUAGAGAAGCAAGGACAAAAGGAAUUAAAGUCUGCAGAAAAGUUAGCUGCCACCCAACAAAAGUUAGAACGUAGUUUAGCCGAGUUGGAAGAGGCCAAACAACAACAACGAGAGCAUGAACGCGAGGUGGUUGAGAUGUUGACCUUGGAGAAUGAUACGCAGAGUUUAGAUACAGAGGAUCGUACACAUCAACGUACCCAGAAUCGAUUGGCGAUGGAAAAGGCACAACGAGAGAUUAGACGCAAACAACUCUUGAAAUUGUAUGCGACUACACAGGAUUUCGUCACGCUCGACAAUUUGGAUGCAAAAGUGGAUGCCAUCAUCAGCACCGAAGGAAGAUCGUUCCACGAAUCCUUAUCUGAAUUGAUGAACAAUACAAAUUCCGUACAAUCUGAAAUUGAACAGAGAAAGGCUCAAUUGAAGGAAGUGAUGGGUCUCUAAUCUCUUUUUUUUUGUCUAAAAAAUAAAUAUAUAUAUAAAUAUAAAAAGGUGU